AUGAAUCAGGAAGAUAUGAUCGAUUUUAUCCAGAAGCAUAUUAUUUAUAGAUUUGGAAUCGCAGAGACUGUCACAACAUAUCAAGGAUCAGUAUUCACUGGUCGAAAGGUGCAAGAAUUUGCUAAAGAAAUGGGUUUCGAAUUAUUAACUUCAACGCCAUAUUAUGCUCAGGCUAAUGGACAAGUCGAAGCUGCUAAUAAAGUGAUAAUUGGUUUGAUUAAAAAGCAUGUAGGGAAGAAGCCUAGAAAUUGGCACAAAACUCUAGAUCAGAUUUUGUGGGCAUGUCGUACCUCUCCCAAAGAAACCACUGAGUCGACCCCUUUUUGGUUGACUUUUGGUCAUGAUGUUAUUUUACCAGUAGAGAUUCACCUACAAUCCAUAAGGAUUCAAAGGCAUCAUGAAAUUCCAACAGAGUCAUAUUGGAGCGUGAUGUUGGAUAAAUUAGUUGAUCUAGAUGAAGAAAGGUUAAAUGCCUUGGAGUUAUUAAAACAACAGAAGAAGAGAGUAGAGAACUCUUAUAACAAGAAGGUGAAAAUCAAAAGUUUUUUGCCUGAAGAGUUGGUCUGGAAAGUGAUCCUUCCAAUGGAUCGAAAGGAUAUGACCUUAGGGAAGUGGCCUCUAAAAUGGGAAGGCCCUUUUCAGAUUUUGCAAGUAUUUUCUAAUGGUGCCUAUGAAAUUGAAUAG